AUGUCUCACCUUAUCACGCUAGCUACCUGCAAUUUGAAUCAAUGGGCUCUUGAUUUUGAAGGAAACCGCGACCGUAUCUUAGAAUCCAUUAAAUUGGCCAAAGCAGAAGGUGCGAGGUUAAGAGUUGGACCGGAGUUGGAAAUUACAGGUUACGGAUGUUUGGAUCAUUUCUUGGAAAAUGAUUUAUAUAUUCACUCUUGGGAAAUGUACGCGCAAAUUAUCAGAUCGCCGGAAACUCACGGUUUAUUGCUGGACAUCGGGAUGCCAGUCUUGCAUAAGAAUGUAAGAUAUAAUUGCCGUCUGCUGUCUCUGGACGGCCAGAUUCUCUUCAUUCGGCCCAAAAUAUGGCUGGCAAAUGAUGGAAACUACCGGGAGAUGAGGUUCUUUACGCCUUGGAUGAAAACUGCCCAAGUUGAACAGUUUCUGUUGCCCCCGUUAAUUCAAAAAAUCACGAAUCAGCGCUUUGUGCCUUUUGGAGAUGCAGUAAUCCGCACUCUUGAUACGUGCAUUGGCGCUGAGACAUGCGAGGAGCUAUUCACUCCGCAAUCCCCUCACAUUGCGAUGUCGUUAGAUGGAGUCGAGAUCAUCACAAAUUCAUCCGGAUCUCAUCAUGAACUGCGGAAACUAAACCGCAGGUUAGAGCUUAUCACUAGUGCAACCAGAAGAUGUGGAGGCGUCUAUUUAUAUGCCAACCAACGUGGUUGUGAUGGUGAUCGUUUAUACUAUGAUGGUUGUGCGUUAAUCGCUGUCAAUGGGAAGGUAGUCGCCCAAGGCAGUCAAUUUUGUUUGAAAGACGUUGAAGUUGUCACUGCAACAGUUGAUUUAGAAGAAGUUAGAACACAAAGGGCUUCGUUUUUGUCCCGUGGUCUACAAGCAGUGAAUUCCAAUGUCAAAUUUGAGAGAAUCGACGUCAAUGAAGAGUUAGCUCCUAUAGAGAGUAGAUUUAAUCCCAAGAUUGCUCCUUCGAAAGAGCGUCCCAUCUUCUACCACAGCGCCGAAGAAGAAAUUGCUCUUGGUCCAGCUUGUUGGAUGUGGGAUUAUUUGAGGCGUUGCAACGGCACAGGGUUUUUCUUACCUUUAUCAGGGGGUAUCGAUUCUUGUGCAACGGCUGUUAUCGUCCACUCCAUGUGCAGGUUAGUUGUGAAAGAAUGCCAUGAAGGUAAUCAACAGGUUUUAGCAGAUGCGAGAAAGCUUUCCCGCAAGGGUGAAAGUUGGGUACCACAAGUUCCACAAGACCUUGCUAGCUGUCUCUUCCAUACAUGCUUUAUGGGAACGGAGAAUUCAUCCAAGGACACCAGGUCAAGGAGCCGUGAGCUGGCGAAAGUAAUCUCUUCUUAUCAUGUUGACUUCAACAUGGACUCACUAGUUGGGAGUGUUGUUGCUCUGUUUGAGGUAACCACAGGCAAAAGACCAAUUUUCAAGAUAUUUGGAGGCUCUCAAACUGAGAAUUUAGCCUUGCAAAACAUCCAAGCCCGUCUGCGUAUGGUUCUGGCAUACUUGUUUGCCCAACUAUUACCUUGGGUUCGUCGAAUUCCCAAUGGAGGUAGUCUACUUGUUCUCGGGAGUGCAAAUGUCGACGAAUGUUUACGCGGAUAUUUGACAAAAUAUGACUGCUCCUCUGCUGACAUUAAUCCCAUCGGCGGUAUCUCCAAAACUGACCUAAAGAGAUUCAUCGCGUAUGCCGCCAAGACAUUUGACAUGCCAAUUCUGGAAGAGUUCUUGACAGCUACACCGACAGCAGAACUUGAACCAAUUACUAAGGAUUACGUGCAGUCCGACGAAAUUGACAUGGGGAUGACAUAUGAAGAGUUGAGCAUCUUUGGCUACUUGAGAAAAGUCGAAAAAUGUGGGCCUUAUUCUAUGUUUCUGAAGCUUUUACACGAAUGGACUCCAAGACUGACGCCUGCCCAGGUCGCUGAAAAGGUCAAGAAAUUUUUCUUUUUCUAUGCCAUCAAUAGACACAAGCAAACUGUGAUAACUCCAAGUUAUCACGCUGAACAAUAUUCUCCGGAUGACAACCGGUUUGAUCUGAGACCAUUCUUGAUAAACCCUAGGUUUGCUUGGGCAUCUAAGAAAAUUGACCAAAUUGUGGCUCAAUGUGAGGGUAAAGAUAUUAAAGAGCUCGAUGUAAUGUCUGUUGAUUGA